AUGACUAGCUUCUCCCGAUCCAAAUCCACUGGAACUAUCGGAUUCCGGGAGUUUAAACAGACCCGACCCGACGAUGACGACUAUGAAGAAGAACAACAUAGCACUACGAGCACAGACUACUACGACGUCUCUACGCCGUUGAGCUCACACGGGUCGAGAUCCGGUUCCGGGUCGGGUCAGUUCACGGUACUCGACCUUCUUGCGGCGGUUCUGAGGAAGUCGCUGGUGAUGUCGUGCACCAUGGAGAGAGGGGACGAUGACGUGACGGGGUCUAUGGAUAUUGGCUGGCCGACGGAGGUUAAGCACGUGAGUCACGUGACGUUCGACCGGUUUAAUGGUUUCCUUGGUCUUCCCUCUGAGCUCGAACCGGAGGUUCCUCCUCGAGCUCCAAGCGCCAGUGUUAGUGUCUUUGGAGUAUCGGCCAAGUCGAUGCAAUGCUCUUACGACGACAGAGGAAACAGCGUCCCAACAAUCCUUCUCAGGAUGCAAAAACGUCUAUACACAGAAGGAGGCCUUCAAGCAGAAGGAAUAUUCCGAAUAAAUCCAGACAACGCUAAAGAAGAGCAUGUUCGAAGACAGCUAAACCGUGGUAUAGUACCACGUGGAAUCGAUGUUCAUUGCUUGGCCGGUUUGAUAAAGGCAUGGUUUAGGGAGCUACCAACAGGAGUGCUUGAUGUGUUGACAGCAGAUCAAGUGAUGAAGUGUAACACAGAGGAAGAUUGUAGCCGGCUCGUGACUCUUCUUCCUCCGGUUGAAUCUGCACUUCUUGAUUGGGCCAUUGGUCUAAUGGCAGAUGUCGUGGAGCAUGAACAGUUUAACAAAAUGAAUGCUCGCAAUGUAGCUAUGGUCUUUGCUCCAAACAUGACCCAAAUGGCAGAUCCUUUAACUGCACUGAUCCACGCGGUACAAGUGAUGAACUUUCUCAAGACAUUGAUCUUAAUGAACCUCAAAGAGAGGGAAAACGCAGAUGCCAAAGCAAGGUGGAUCGAGAAACAAACAUCAGACCCAUCAGAAGAAUGGGAAUCACCACACUCUGAGAUAGUAGUUUCUGAGAAACCAAACAAUAACCCUAAGUUCUUGAGAGUGGCUACUCUGUGUAGGCUAGAGGCUGACAAUGAAGAAGAGUUUUGGAACACUGAGAAGAGAAACGUUCAUGAUCAAGGUACAACUGAGAAUAUUGGGACUGUUCAAAGGCUGUGUAAGCAUCCAUUGUUUCAUUUAAGCAAAUCUGCGAAGAAACCUCUUGUAAGUAAUCGAGAUGAAGGAAGAAGAGGAAGAGAUGCUUGGGGUUCACGUCUCUCUUCUCUGCCUUGGUAA